GAAGAUAAAGUUUCCCAACUAUAUGUCGAGUUGGAGCUAGCUCCCUCUGAUGCUGUGAAGAGAGGGUCUGAAGCCGGAGACGAUCUAUUUGCCCUGUGGCUGGAAUCUUGGCGAAGCGAAUUCUUUCCGGUGGCCGAGGACCUGUUGAUCCAUUUGACUGGCUAG